CCCUCUUCUUCUCUUCACCUGAUGCGUAUAGGGAUUUCCGUGUGGAUAAAAACCAGAGUUACGCGUCUAAAAUGGAUGAGAAUCAGAAGUGGGGAGUCGCUGGUAAACCGGGUGACACAGCGGCUUCCAAGCAGCCGCUGUGGAGGAACUGGAGGGAUAUGUCUGCAGUAACGAUUUGCGUUGCACUGUCUGUUCUGUGCCUGGGAGUUUGCAGCGUGGUUUGCGUGCGGAGCUCGGAGCUGCAGAGCCGGAUAGUAAGUCUGGAGCAGCAGCAGCGGGGCGCGUGGAUGUUGUCUCUGGAGCAGGUGGAGCCCGUUAUCCUGGGCCGGCUGGACCAGAUCCUGGACGAGAAGCUUGCAGCGCGACUACCGAAGACCCGAGAGGCGAGGGAGGCUCCCCACAGCUGCCUCUGCCCCCCAGGACCUCCAGGUCCUCCUGGACGGGCAGGCUUUCCGGGUGACAAAGGAAGUAUGGGGAUUCCUGGGAGAAUGGGCUUAAAAGGACAAGCAGGGGAGAAGGGAGCACCAGGCGAGCCAGGUCUGUCUAUCAUUGGACCAAGAGGACCUCCUGGACAACCUGGAACAAGAGGAUUCCCAGGCUUCCCAGGUCCAAUUGGCUUGGAUGGCAAAUCUGGACAGAGCGGACCGAAGGGAGACAUGGGGCAGCGUGGUGCUAAAGGAAUCCCAGGGGAACCUGGACCCAAAGGGGAAAAGGGCGUAUGUGGAGACUACACACACCGGAAGCGGCGUAUUGUGCAGCCCUGUGCUGGACAGUUGGCCACACAGGGCGAGCCUGGAGCGCAGGGACCACCGGGACCUCCAGGACCCCCAGGACUCCCAGGGACCCCAGGCCUGAAUGGAGCCACUGGUCCAAUGGGUAAGCCUGGUGAACCAGGCAAACCAGGAAAAGACCCAAGGCUUUUACCAGGCAUGAAGGGUGAGCCAGGUGUGCCAGGAGAAAAGGGGGAUCGAGGUGAUAUUGGCCCUCUAGGUCCUGAAGGCUCAAAGGGAGAUAUGGGAGACCAAGGAAUUAAGGGUGAGAAAGGAGAUCCGAGCAUUGCAGCCCAAGGAAUUAAAGGAGAACCAGGUUCACCAGGACUUCCAGGCCUAAUGGGACCCAAGGGUGACACAGGCGACAAGGGAGAUAAGGGGGAAACAGGCCUUGAGGGCCCAGCUGGACCAAGAGGUCCUGCAGGCCCAACUGGGGAGCCAGGAAAGGCUGAAAUCCAAAACAAUGAAAAUGAUAUUCGCAACAUACCCAUGAUGGGUCCACCUGGAUUACCUGGACCUCCAGGGACCCCGGGACUCCCUGGUACCAAGGGUGAAGUUGGUCUGCCAGGUGCUCCAGGGCUGGACGGAGAGAAGGGACCCAGGGGAAAGCCUGGAGAGCCUGGUCCUGUAGGCCCAGCCGGUCCUGAAGGCCCUAGAGGGGAAAGUGGUGUCAUGGGCUUUGCGGGACCCAAAGGAGACAAGGGAGACAUGGGUCCAUCUGGAUCACCUGGCCUAAAAGGUGCACCUGGAGAUGGUGGAAGGUCGGAAAUGAUCUAUGGGCCUCCAGGGCCCCCUGGACCUCCAGGACCAGUUGGCCCAGCAGGAGCUCAAGGAUUUUCAGGGCCUAAGGGAGAACCAGGCAUAGGCAUUAGAGGAGAAAAGGGAGCGACGGGUCAGAAGGGCGACAAGGGAGACAGAGGCCAUCUUGGACUUCCUGGUCUAAUAGGACCAUCAGGUGUGUCAGGGCCAGCAGGACCAAAGGGAGAGAGAGGUGAAAAGGGAGAUGCAGGAUUACCAGGACCAAUCGGGCCUCAAGGCAUCCCUGGUUUAGUAGGACCACAAGGACUCAAAGGAAACCGGGGAGAGAGGGGCAAGAAAGGCAACAGGGGGGCCAAAGGGGAUAAGGGAGACCAAGGAGCACCUGGAUUAGAUGCCCCCUGUCCGUUGGGAGACGAUGGCUUACCUGUACCAGGAUGUUGGAAUAAAGGUCAACAUCCUUUCCAACUGGCUAAGAAGUAGGACUACUAGAGACUGUCUCCAUGACGCCACUGAAAACAGAAAGGGAACUUGAAGACAUUAGGAGAUAUCUUUGAGUUUUUACCCAAACCUGGAGUUGGCAUUUCAACGUUUUUUCCAGGAGGUCGGACACUGGGCCAGUAAUGUCCGAGGCUCCGGUGGCAGUGGUGAGCACAUUCACUUCAAUAAGACUGGGGAGUAGAGGCGAUGCACCAUCCUUAAGUUAGUUAUUGAAGGCUCUGUGGACAGGACAGCCAUCGCAGCCACAGGGAGAUACUGUACCUACCCAUGUGUUUCUUUGACUGCAUUCACUUGGAUCUAUUUAACUCCUGGUGAAAGCGAGGCAUGGACACUUUAGCACAUGCUAUUUGUUGUGUUUGACGUGACAUCGAUACUGUAACUGUGAUAAAGAAUUCAGAGCAGCUCACAGAGCAGGUAGAUGUCAUGUGUUUCCAAGAAAUAACAAAGGGAGACCCUCUUGAUGAUUCCUUCUUGAUAUUAUCUCACUGCCUUUUUCAAAAAUCCCUUUACAUGCAGCUAUGACAUUUUGUUUGAAUGAUUGUGCUGUAUAGGAAAUACUUUGAAUCCAGCAUCACAUAUCAUGCCUGGUCACAUAUAUAUACUAUUAUUUUCUUUUUGUAUGUAUUGAGGUGUUAAAGAACACCAUGAUUUAAUACUGUAAUUGUAAGUAUUGUACAAUAUAAGACAAAGGAUUGUAUGUAUAAAAGUACUAAUUUUUUGUAAAUAGAUUGCAUUGAUGAAACGUGAUUUUACAUACAGAGUAAGCAUCAAAAUUCUCAAAGGGCAGUAUUCAUUUGCUGAUUACGUAGGCUACACAAGUUUGGCAAUUGUCAACUAUUUUCAACUUUAUUUCAGCUCUACCACAUGCAAUAAAAUAGGCUAUUGCAUGUAAAUACAGUAUUUUUUUUUUGUGACUCCAAAAAAUUUCAAAUUAGUCUUUUUUUUGUUUUAUUACUCUGAAUAUGAAUGGAUAUUUAGUAAAAUAAUGAAACAAAACAAAGCACAGAAACUAAAAAACACUAUUUUCACAGCUGUAACUGUACAUGCAAAUAAUCAAAAAAAAUGCCCUUUGUCAGUGUGUCACAUUUUCCUGUUUUAUCGAAAAUCAAAUGUACAGAAGCAUUCCUUAUGUCGUACUGACAGCUGCCUUGUAAACAGACCUGGGUCAAACUGGCAUUUCAUUUUGUUUAGUUUUUUCAGUUUUUGAGUUCAGUGAUUGAAAGAAAUGUAAUGCUGUUUCGGUGUUUCAAUGGGUACCGACAAGUGUACCGACAAAAACUAUUUAGUGAGUGGCAUUUACCUAUUGUUCAUUUUUAAAUUUGAUGCAGUGAAAUUUGCCUAAAUAACGCUUUAUUAUUGGAUACAUUUGAUUUGUAAAUAAAAAAAAACUUUCAAAAGCAAAAAUACAGUGAGCACAAAGCAGUGCAACUUUUGAAACCACAUGCAAAAAGACAAAACACGAGCAAAGAAAGUAAAUAUCAUUUUCUUAUGUUUCGUUGAUAUGACUGUGUUUUGCUGGUUUAAUUGUGUUUUGUCCGUUGAGCUGUCUGUUUUUAUUUUGUCUGUUGACUUGUAUGUUUUCUUAAAGUGGCUAUACGUAACUUUCAGUUUGUGUUGAUUCUAGCGGCCUCUUUGGACAAAGGCGGUAGUGUUUGUACCACACCCUGAUGUCAUAAAGGACUAGGAGUUUGCGUUACCGGGAGGUCGUAUAGUUGCAAUCAAUGUUUUGCUCUGACAGAAAAUCAUUAAUUCACAAUAAAAGAAUCAUUAUUUGUUGCAUUGCCAAGUGUUGCAUACGGUAACUUAGUCUACUUUGGAUGUCUCGUGAGCUAAACAGAGUAUCAUUGUCACCGGGCAACCUGAUCUCACAGAAUUCCGUGAAAUGAACACGGCCCCUUAAAUUCAGGAACAGGUCAUGGGU